AUGCGCGCGCCCAUUGGCGCCGCCGCGCUUCGCCGCGCUGCGGCCUUCGGCCGUUUGCAGCAACAUCAGCUACGCUCCCGCUGCGCCGCGGCCGCGCGGGCGGCCCCCGCGGCGCUGGCGCACCCUGUAGUGUACCACCCGGACUUCCAGCUGUCGCCGCUGCCAGACGGCCACCGCUUCCCGAUGCCCAAGGACCACCUGCUGUACCUGCGGCUGCAAGAGCUCGGCCUCGCGGGCCGCACCUUCACGCCAGAGCCUCCUGAUGUCGGGACGCUCUGCUUGGUCCACGAUGAGGGCUACGUGCGGGCCUUCCUGGAUGGCUCUAUAGACCCCGCCCUCAUGCGCCGCAUCGGCCUGCCGUGGAGCCCCACGCUCGUGCGCCGCACCCUAGUCGGCGCCGGCUCGGCGGUGCUGGCCGCGCGGCUCGCGCUUCAGCUGGGGGUGGCGGUGAUGUGCAACGGCGGCACGCACCACGCGCAUAGAGACUACGGCGCUGGCUGGUGCAUCUUCAACGACCAGGCGGUUGCAGCGCGUGCCGCCCAGCGGGACGCGGGCGUGGGGCGCUGCAUGUUUGUCGACCUGGAUGUCCACCAAGGGGACGGCACCGCCGCAAUAUUCGAGGGCGAUCCAUCUGUCUUCACCUUCUCUAUGCACUGUAAGGACCAAGGAUUCCCUGCGCGGUUGCAACAGAGCGACCUGGACAUCGCCCUGCCAGCUGGCACGAGUGACCAGGAGUAUCUUGGGGCGCUCCGCGCCACGCUGCCGCGCCUGCUGGCAGAGCAGCAGCCUGGCCUCGUGCUGUACAACGCGGGCGCUGACGUGGCGGCGGGCGACGCGCUGGGCAAGAUGGCGCUCAGCGACGCCGGCAUUGCUGCACGCGACCGUUACGUCAUGGCCUGCUGCGCAGAGGCCGGGGUGCCCAUUGCCGCGGCAAUUGGGGGUGGCUAUGCGGAGGACCACUCGAGCAUUGUCGAGCGGCACGUGCAGCUGCACAGGGCGGCGGCGGAGCACUGGGGUGCCCUGGCGGCCGCAGCUGAGCGGCGGCGGGCGGCAGCGCAGCAGGCGCGGCGGCCGAGAGAGAAGCUGUAA